AGAGAGAAUGAGAGAGCACACAUGAACCUUUUACAUACGGAUUUCAGGUUAUGCUGAGGUUUAUCUGAAUUAAAAUGCAGCAGCAGACAGUCGAUAAAAAGAAAAUAAUAUUAAUACGUAAUAUACGUCAAUAUCCUGAUAUUUAUGAGAAUGAAUUUGCAAGUAAACCAUUUCUGCAUCGUGCACGCAAACAGCAGCUAUGGGAUUUGAUAGCAAAAAAGUCAGGUUUCACGAAAACUGAAGAAGCGAUCUGUAAAUGGCGUUCACUUCGGAUAUAUUUGCGUAAUCAUUUACAAAAUGUAGCCAAUAAGAAAUUAAGACGCUAUAUACCACGUAAUCAUAAUCCAAAUGAUAAAUACCUGCAACUCAAUGAUUGGCCAUAUUAUAUGGAAAUGGAAUUUCUGGUGCCUUAUAUAAAAGCACAAAUGAAUUCUGUACAAAAAAUGCAUGAACCGGAAAUGCGGGUUAAUCGGCCAGUUUGCACGAUUGUAAAAGAUGAAUUGCCCCAAUUAAUGGACGAAGAUAUGAUUAGCGAAGACUCGGAAGAAGAAAACAAUCUAAAGGAAUUCCUCAAUCUUAUGUUAAAAUCAAUGCUUAAAUUAUCGCAAUUCCAUCAACAACGAGUGAAAGAAAAAAUAUUAAAUGUACUUAAACAACAAAAAUUAAAAAUCUAAUGCUUCAUAUAGAUUAAUCC